GGUAGAAAAUUGAGCAUUUAUUAUGAGUGAAUACCGAACCAGGAGAAACCAAUACAAGCAGUCAACAGUUUUUUAGUACGGAUACCCUAUUCCAAAACAAUGUUGGAUUGAGUACAAACAUCUCAUCGAGUACUUUGAGACAUACAGCCCCUUUGAUCUCGUUUCCUAAGGCAAAUAGAUUUCACACUCAAACUCAAUUUCAAUUACCAACCAAAUUGGAAUUACCUUCACAAUUGGGAAAAAGGUUGUAAACAUUAAUUUUAUCAAUAUUUUCAGAUACACUCAAUAAGGUUUUGGGAAUAAGAAGGUGUUUCAAUACGAAUGGCAAAAGGUGAAUGCCAAGGAAUUCCCAAGUCCUGAUA